GGAGACCACAUCGCGAAGAAACAGAUCGUAAAGCGUAACGAAAUUGGAAGUGAUACAUAAAGAUGAAGAAUAUCUUUCUUCUCGUCGUUUCGGUUUUAUUCGCAGUGAAUCUUCAUUAUGCCGAAAGUAAAAGACUAUCUCUCGACGAAAUCAAAGAUGCUUUGAGACCAGUGAAGGAUAUCUGUAUCCAGAGGGUGGGAGUCAGUCUAAAGAUGGUUGAUGACGCGAGCGCCGGUAAAUUUGCAAACGAUCGAAAGCUGAAGUGUUAUUACAAAUGCAUGAUGAUCAUGACAAAAGCUAUGAGAGGUGACGAGAUAAUGGCAGAACAAUUUUUAAAAAUUACACAGACUAUGUUGAAGGAGGAACUUGUGGAUCCCAUGUUAGAAGCAAUGAUACAUUGUGCACCAAUUGCAAAUAAGCCAUUGGAAGGAUGUGACUUGGCAUUUGAAUUGGUUAAGUGUCUCUACGACUAUGAUCCAAAGCUUCUUACCUUCCCAUGAAGACGUGAAGAAUCUCGAUGGAUUCAUAUUGAAAUAAUCGCGAGAGUAAUUAACUCAUUGCAUCGAAGUAAUAAAAACAGCUAAUGAUUUCCGAGAUUGCAUUUAGCAAUUUCGAGAAAACGUCCGAAAUACAUGAAAUAUAUGUUAAUUGUGCAGGUUUAUGUUUCACUUUUCAUUUCUUCCAAAUUUAUCUUUAAAAAGUCGUUAUCGUUGAAAUAUAUUAGAUUAGAAUUUAUCGAAUUUAUCAGAUUAAAAUUUAUCGAAUAUUUCUUGUUGUAUGUAAAAUAUUAAAAAAGUUUUCUGAA